AUGAUUAAGUCAACAGUUUUAUUAAAUAUUAUAUUUUUAUUCUCUCAAAUAAAUGCAGCAAGAAUUUUGGCGGUUUUUCCCACGCCAUCAAUAAGUCAUCAAGUAGUAUUUCGACCUCUUACACAAGAAUUAGCCCGAAGGGGUCACGAAGUUAUAGUCAUCACAGCAGACCCAGUAUUUACUAAGGAUAAUAGACCAAAAAACUUAACUGAAAUAGAUGUACAUGAUAUUUCAUACCAUGCUUGGAGAGAUGGACUCGAAGAACGUGACACAGGAUUUGGUAAAAGAACAGGUGUUUUUAAAAUAGUCAAGAAUAUGGAAGAAUUUCUAAAAGAAAUCCUCGAAUUACAAGUCAAUACGGAAGAAAUACACGCUUUGCUUAACGGUGAUAGUAAAUUUGAUUUGCUAAUAAUCGAGGCAUGUGUACGUCCAGCAUUAAUGUAUUCUCACAAAUUUAAAGUACCUGUUAUCCAGAUAAGUUCAUUUGGCUUUAUGUUAGGAAAUGACGAAGUUAUUGGUGCGCUUACACAUCCAGUUUUAUUCCCAAUAAUUAUGCGCCAGAGGGUAUUCAAUCUGACGUUUUGGGAAAAGUUAUACGAAUUGUACGUGCAUUAUUGGAUUAUAUUUCAUUGGCAUAUGAGUGAAACUAGUGAGCAUGAAGCACUAAGUAAAUACUUUGGUAGUAACGUACCUUCAUAUAAAGAACUGAAUAACAAUAUAGAUAUGCUUUUUUUAAAUAUUCAUCCUAUAUGGACGAACAAUCAACCACUUCCACCCAAUGUUAUUUCAAUUUGGGGAAUGCAUAAGAAUCAAGAAAAGCUUCUACCUCAGGCCAUCCAAGAGUAUAUGGACUCUUCCAAAAAUGGUGUUAUAUACUUUAGUUUGGGCUCAAAUGCACAGUCGACAAUGUUGCAUUCGGAUACGAUAAAUAUGUUAAUCGACGUAUUCUCCAAAUUGCCAUACAAUGUUUUGUGGAAAUGGGAAAAAGAUGAACUACCUGGAAUAUCGAAAAAUAUUAAAAUAUCAAAAUGGUUACCUCAAACCGAUCUCUUACGUCAUCCAAAUUUAAAGCUAUUUAUCACACAAGGAGGUCUACAGUCUACCGAUGAAGCUAUCAACUCUGGGGUACCACUCAUAGGGAUACCGAUGCUGGCUGAUCAAUGGUACAAUGUGGAGUUUUACGAACAUCUCAAAAUUGGCAUUGGUCUCGAUAUAGAAACAAUAACGAGAGAAAAACUAUUAAAGGCGAUCGAAACAGUUAUCAGUGAUAAAAGCUAUAAAGAAAACAUACUAAAGCUUCGAAAUAUUUUAAAUGAUCAACCACAGACUGCAUUAGAUCGCGCGGUAUGGUGGACCGAAUACGUGCUGCGACACGGUGGUGCAAAGCACCUUCGAGCCGCGAGUGCUAAUUUGACCUGGUUUGAGUUCUAUGAAGUGGAAUUUAUACUUAAGCUUCUACUGCUUAUCUUCGCGACUAUAGUAGUAUUAAUAAUAAUAAGCCAUCUUGUGUAUAGACGUCUGCGAUGUUUUAUGUAUUCACAUAAAGUCAAGAUUACAAAAGAUAAAAAACAAAUUUAG